UUUCCUCAAGCCAUUAAGACUAGUCGAAACUAUGGAUGUCGAACAUUUCACGUCGGGCACCGGCGACUUUCCGGUCCGAAAAUGCGGAGUAUUGGGAGCGACCGGAUCUGUAGGCCAGAGGUUCAUCCUGCUAUUAGCAUUACAUCCGCAUUUUGUACUUCAUGCCGUGGGUGCCUCGGAACGAUCCGCGGGCAAGAAGUACAAAGAUGCUGUGAAAUGGAAACAGGCGUUUCCUAUGUCGAAGAGGUUAGGAGAGCUUGAAGUACGAAAAUGUACUCCUGAAGAGUUCAAGGACUGCGACAUCAUCUUCUCCGGCCUAGACAGUGACGUUGCCACCGAGAUCGAGAUGGCGUUUCUGAAAGCCAACCUUGGAGUGUUUUCGAACGCGAAGAAUUACCGUCGGGAUCCUCUAGUUCCUCUUGUUGUCCCUACCGUCAAUCUUCCUCAUAUGGAUGUCAUCCCACAUCAGAGGAAACACCAUGGACUAGAGAAAGGAUUCAUCGUCUGCAACUCCAAUUGCGCCGUCAUUGGGAUUGUUAUCCCCUUUGCAGCUCUGCAGGCUCGAUUCGGUGCCAUCGAUCAAGUGAGCAUCGUGACCAUGCAAGCUGUGUCUGGAGCCGGAUACCCUGGUGUCAGCAGUAUGGAUGUCAUCGACAAUGUCGUCCCUUUCAUUUCCGGAGAGGAAGACAAAUUGGAGUCCGAAGCGCAAAAGAUCCUUGGAAAGGUCAACGAAAGUGUGACUGGUUUCGAGGACCAGCAUAUACGUGUCUCCGCAGCCUGUAACCGGGUACCAGUUCUCGACGGACACACCGCUUGUGUUUCGCUCAAAUUCGCCAAACGUCCUGCGCCCUCCGCAGAGGAAGUCAAGGAUGCCCUGAGGGAAUAUGUAUCCGAGGCUCAGAGGCUCGGCUGCCCUUCUGCACCUACGAAUGCCAUCGUAGUGAUGGAUGAGCCGGAUCGACCACAGCCACGACUAGACCGUGAAACAGAUCGAGGAUAUGCCGUUAGUGUUGGCCGGGUCCGCGAGGACGAGAGCGGGAUCUUCGAUAUCAAAUUCGUAGCGCUCAGUCACAACACUGUCAUUGGUGCUGCUGGUUCGUCCAUUCUGAAUGCAGAGGCUGCGGUAUUGAAAGGAUAUGCUUAAAGGAUCAAAAGUAGCGUUUGGCCAACUCGUCCACGUAGAUAGUACAUAAAUCAAGCAUAUUGACAUUGAGAAGGGUGGAUGCUUAUCUCAGUCGUCAAACAUUGCUAUUCUGAACAGAAUUGAAGUCCAGGCAACGUGCGU